ACCAGAGGGAAAAGAUGGAAUUUGUACGUUGAAAAGGAAUGGAAACCUAACCUAAACGCCCCCAGAGUCGCAUCGAAAACCUAAUUGGUUGCUCAUGGGCAACAGCAGUGAAAUGUUGCUGAGGCAGAACAAGACAGUAAUACACGUAUUGAGAAGAUGAGUAAGGGAAGGUGCCUCCAAAGCCCGCAUUCCAUCGCCAUGCACAUGCAGGGACCAGAACGGCAUACAUCCAGUACAGUCAAGCCGUGUGGCUGGGUUCUGGCGCAAAUAUACCAAAAAAACGACAAAGGCGCGCAACCAAACCCACGCCCAAUUCGAGGUACAAACCAAAAUGUUGACAACCUCGUGAAAAUCAAUGCCACCAACAUACGACGGCUCUUAUUACGGGAGAAUGCGAAAAGAGGCACAAUUAAAACAAGAAAAAGGAAAAAAAGGCCGCAGAAACGCCAUUGUAUCGCGUACAUGGGGCGAAAACUCGCCGCAGAAUCGAGCGGCCAGAGUCAAAGUCGAAAUUUGGUAGUUGAACAUGUACGGUUCGUGUCGUCGUCAGUCAUGGCAGGAAUAGGUGCACAAAGAGUGCCGA